AUGGUCCUCAUAGUCAAAAUCCCGCCCUACUACCGCUCCACCUCCUACGUCCUCCACUACAACCGCCACCCCACCACAACAGCCCAAUACAUCCACCUCACCCCCGCCUCCACAGAAACCCUCACAACGCGCAACGCCGCCAUCGCAAAAGACUGUGCGGCAUGGGGCUGGCGCCUCUACAACACCGAGCGCUCGCUCCCCAAGAUGGAGAAAUGGUUUGCUAAAUACGAAAAGCUUGCUAGGAAGAACACGUGGGACGAUGAUAUUUGGGUCAUUUGGCAGAGAGAACAUGGGCUGAGGAUUAACGGGGAGGAUGAGAAGAAGAAGGCUGAGGCUGCAGCGGCGGCUGGGAAAAGUAGGCUGGGGAGUGUGGUUUGGGGUAAGGAUACGUGGGUUGGGAGUGACGAGCUCAGGCUGAGGGUGGAACACGGUCCUAGAGAAGAGAAGAGGAUGAGGAAGUGGGCUGAAGAGCAGAUGAAGGAGAUGUCGGGGCUUCAUGAUCCUUUCUCGGAUGUUCAUGAGGUUAUAGGAGAAGAUGAUGAAGACGAGGACGAGGAGCGUCUGGAGGGAGGGCUAAGAGGCGGUGGUGCUGACGGUGCUGAUGCGAAGGCGACUUCGGGUGGAGAGACUGAUGGGAUGACUGCGGUGGUGCUUCCGAGGCAUUCUUGGUUAUCUCGGGGCUGA